UCAGCAGGGUAAACGUGAUGUUUGUCAAUCAGCCUCAAACAGGAAGAAGACAAAAUAAGAGGGACAAACAUCCUGGUUCAGACUCAUUUGUUUGCCUCCAUAACGAGCAGGACAAAAGACCGCAGCUAAUGUUCCGAGGGGUGUCGUUAAAAUUAGGGGCAACCAGGAGCAUAGAAAGAGCCACAGAGGUGAUUUGAGAACAGCUAAUUAGGGAGAGUGAUGGGCUUUUGCUCAAGGAAACACAUAUGGGCCUCAUCCCUGUGGCGGAGAGGCUGGUGCAGUGACCACACCGGAACAGGAAAGACGGACUGGGAGCUCGAAAAGAAACAACAGCAAGGACCAUGCUGUUGCAAGGGGGGCUAAGACUGGACCAUAAGUCUCCCCCUCGGAGUAACGCCACGCUGGAAGCCUCGUCGCUAUGGAAGGCCCUGCUGAGUGACCUUUCGUGCCAGUAACCUUUUGUUGACUGUCUGAGGAGCCAUCCAUCUGCUUGACGAGAGUUUCUGUUGUCAAACAAACAAACAAACAAACAAACAAACAAAGAACAACAGUGUCGAGGAUGUGGAGGAGGUUCGAGGAGAUGCCGAAGGAUGUGCGCAUGUCCUUGCUGCUGGUGUGGAUUACUUUGCUUCCCUGCAUGUCAAUGAUCCCCCUCGGAGCCGCUGAUACUGCAGCCGGUCCCGACGAAGGACAGCGACUGCUGAGCCGAGCCAAGAGAGGAUGGGUUUGGAACCAAAUGUUUGUGCUGGAGGAAUUUUCUGGACCCGACCCAAUCCUGGUUGGCAGGCUCCACACAGACUUGGAUGUCGGUGGCAAGCGCAUUAAGUACGUGCUGGCCGGCGAGGGGGCCGGCACCAUUUUCGCCAUCAAUGAGCUGACGGGCGACAUCCAUGCCAUGAAGAGGCUAGACCGCGAGGAGAAGGCCGAGUACACCCUCACGGCUCAGGUCAUUAACGCCGACACUGACGAGCCGCUGGAGCCGCCGUCCGAGUUCAUCAUCAAAGUGCAAGAUAUCAACGACAAUCCACCGCAGUUCAUCGAGGGUCCUUAUCGGGCGGCCGUUGCCGAGAUGUCGGCGGUCGGUACCCCUGUGACCCGAGUGACCGCAACCGAUGCCGAUGACCCAGUGUACGGCAACAGCGCCAAGCUGGUCUACAGCAUCCUGGAGGGACAGCCCUACUUCUCUGUGGACCCCAACUCAGCCACAAUCAAAAUUGCCCUCCACGGGAUGGACCGAGAGAUGCGGGAGGAGUACCUGGUGGUCAUCCAGGCCAAGGACAUGGGCGGUCACAUGGGUGGCUUGUCAGGGACCACCACUGUCACCAUCAUGCUCACCGACAUCAACGACAACCCACCCAAGUUUUCGAAAAAUUUGUAUGAGUUUGUGAUCCCCGAAAACCUGCCCGUUGGGCAGAUGGGAGGCAAAGUAAAGGCCAACGACCGGGACUUCGGCGACAACGCCAAAUCCACGUACAACAUCAUCGAGGGGGACGAGCAAAGCGUGUUUGAGAUCAUCACUGACCCGCAAACGCAAGAAGGGAUUCUGCGACUCAAAAAGGCAUUAGACUUUGAAAGCAGGAGGUCGUACACGCUCAAAGUGGAGGCCACCAAUGUGCAGUCAGACCCUGGUGGCAGCGUUGGGGGGCCUUUCAAGGACACUGCCACGGUCAAGAUCGUCGUGGAGGACGCUGACGAGCCGCCCAUGUUCUCCAAGUCCGUCUACACGCUAGAGGUCAAUGAGAACGCACCCGUCAACACAGUCAUCGGCACAGUCGGUGCCAGGGACCCAGACUCCAGCGGGAGUCAAGUCAGGUACUUUAUCGACCGGCACACGGACCUGGAGAGGCAGUUUAACAUCAACGUGGAUGAUGGCAAGAUCACGCUGGCCAAACCGCUGGACCGGGAGACAGACAUGUGGCACAACAUCACCGUCACUGCCACCGAAGUCCGUAACCACAGUCAGAUCUCCCGGGCGGUGGUGGCGAUCCGGGUCAUGGACAUAAACGACAACGCCCCAGAGUUCGCCAACGAAUAUGAAGCCUUUUUGUGUGAAAAUGGAAAACCCGGACAGGUGAUCCAAACGGUCAGCGCUGUGGACAGAGACGACCCGAUCCAGGGCCACUACUUUGAGUACCGCCUGGUGCCCGAGAUGCUCAACAAUCCCAACUUCACCAUUAAGAACAACCAAGACAACUCCAUUAGUGUCCUGGCCAAGCACGACACAUUCCGGCGGCAGAAGCAGGAGAUGUACUUCCUUCCUAUCGUGGUGACGGACAACGGCAACCCACCCAUGAGCAGCACCAACACCCUGACCAUUCGGGUGUGCGGAUGCAGCAAGGACGGUAUCGUGCAGUCCUGCAACGUAGAGGCCUACGUCCUGCCCAUCGGCCUUAGCAUGGGUGCGCUAAUUGCCAUCUUGGCCUGUAUCAUCCUGCUUUUAGUAAUAGUGGUGCUUUUUGUGACAUUACGGCGACACAAGAAUGAGCCGCUCAUCAUCAAGGACGACGAGGAUGUGCGCGAGAACAUCAUCCGCUACGAUGACGAGGGCGGUGGCGAGGAGGACACGGAGGCCUUUGACAUCGCCACGCUGCAGAACCCGGAUGGCAUCAAUGGCUACUUGCCACGCAAGGACAUCAAGCCUGACCUGCAGUUCAUGCCGCGCGCCGGCCACAACUCGGGCCCCAACGGCGUGGACGUGGACGAGUUCAUCAACGUGCGACUGCAUGAGGCUGACAACGACCCCACAGCACCGCCAUACGACUCCAUCCAGAUCUACGGCUAUGAGGGCCGGGGAUCGGUUGCCGGCUCACUCAGCUCUCUGGAGACCACGUCUUCUGACUCGGACCAGAACUAUGACUACCUCAGGGAGUGGGGCCCUCGCUUCAGGAGACUUGGGGAACUCUACUCAGUGGGCGAGAGUGACCGGGAGACCUGACCUGAAAAAACAAAACAAGACUUUCUGAAUUUUCUUUUUUCUUCUGUCCACGUGUGUAUUAAGCGCUAGAGCUCUAUCAGCUUUUAGAAACAGAAAACAAGAAAAAAAAAAACAGGCCACUUUUUUGUAUUCUUCCUAGAGUCAAGGUAUAGCAGUCAUCUACAUCGUAAUCGUUGAGCCGAAACCAACUGUCUUUUAACUAGGAGAUUCUUGUGGAGUGUAAAAACGUUAGAUUCCGUUGUGGAGUGUCUAGCAGUGUUUUGGGUGUUCGUCAUUGGCUGUGACUUCCAGUAGCAGAGAGCUGGUAGGCCCUGUCCAGUCAGAGAAUCCUGAACGGACUUUAAAGCAAUACGUGGUCUACCUUACAACAAUGAAUGUAUGCGAGGAUUUGAACAAAAAAAAGACAAAAAAGGGCGUUGGCCUUGAUAAAAAGUGACUUUAUCAUUUGAUAUGUUCUCUCUCUUUGGUGGCCACAUUUAUAAACUGCGCUUUAUACAACUCUUUGUAUUUACACGCUACAGGUGGCCACAUCGCCAUCGCGCUAGCCUAUGAAAGAAAUCGAGAAGACAACAACAAAAAUGUAGAAACUCUGAGGCCUUCUUUUUACAGAAGCAAGUUAAAUUGUAACCUAAUGUUUGUUUUUUUGGGGGGUUUAUUCUUCAUUACUUUUCAAGGGUUUUUGUACAUCUUUUCCUUUCCAUGCUCACAACUCCACAAGUGGGCUUAGCCCAAGAUGUAGACAAGCUGUGGCGUUAGCGUCUUUCUGCUACGUGCUAAGACCACUAUCUCACUGGCCUGGAGACUAGUUGGCGACCUGAUGGCAACUUGAGUCUCCGCUGGUUGUGGAGACAUCUUCGUGACGUAGCCCUGGAGUCUCUUGGAGAAAAGCCGGGUUGCCAGGAAGUUGUGGUGAAAUUGAACAUGUUAAAUUUCAUUGGAAAUCUUUUGGCGACUCCUCUAUAUGCUCACUCUCAAGAAAAACCUUAAUGUGGCUUAAUGUAAGAAACCUGCUAUCAAUCAUUACCAAAAUGUAUGUGGACAUUUCUACUUAUGGCUACUUCAACCUCUGAAAAUAUCACAACGAUUGCCUCAAUACUUUGGAUUUAAUGGACGUUGAGUUUUCCUCUUAUAUAGAAAAAGCUUAACAUGGCUUAAUGUCACAAAACUGCUAGCAAUCGUCACCCAAAUUUAUAUGGACAUCUCUACCUAUGCCCACUUUAACCACUGAAAAUAUCCAUCACCCCAAUAUUUUGGAUUUUAUGGACGUUAAGCCUCAUGUUGUGUUCAUUUCCUGUUCAACAAGUUUGUGUUCCCGGUCUGAAAUUACCAUUCCAAUAAGAAUCACUAUUAAAAAAAACAAAACUAUUUAUCCACAUUAUCACUACUUGCUGAGUUACAUGUCUUAAUUAACUUAGCUUUUAGUGAAUAUUAAAAGUUAAAGUUUUACACUUUUAUAUGUUUUUAGUGGCAAGUGUUAUUGAUCUGAUCUUAUACACUUGAAAGCAAGUUCUAAAAAUCACAAUUACUGGAAUAUUUUACCGAUAUGAAAUAUUCAGAUAACACAUGGUAUACUGUUUAUAUUAACUUUGGGUCAAAGUUAUCAAGGACAUUUGCUUUGAAACCAUAUACAUUUUGUAUAUCCAUCCAUUUUCUGAGCCGCUUCUCCUCACUAGGGUCGCGGGCGUGCUGGAGCCUAUCCCAGCUAUCAUCGGGCAGGAGGCGGGGUACACCCUGAACUGGUUGCCAGCCAAUCGCAGGGCACAUACAAACAAACAACCAUUCGCACUCACAGUCACACCUACGGGCAAUUUAGAGUCUCCAAUCAAUGCAUGUUUUUGGGAUGUUGGAGGUAACCGGAGUGCCCGGAGAAAACCCACGCAGGCACGGGGAGAACAUGCAAACUCCACACAGGCGGGACCGGGGAUUGAACCCGGGUCCUCAGAACUGUGAGGCUGACGCUCUAACCAGUCAGCCACCGUGCCGCCACAUUUUGUAUACAGUUACAAAAAAGUAGCACCUGUUCUGUUCCUGGUGAAAAGUGACCAUGAAUAUUUGAAUUGGUUAGAAAGGAAAUUAUUCCAAAACAGCACUGGACAUUUUCACAACAUUCACAACAUGCCUAGAUCAGACUAGAGGAUUUUAUUCCUGAUAUUGGACCAAUUUGCUAUCAUGGGCGAUUUCGCAGAUCAGGCACGACAUAUUUUUUUGGGAACGACAAAACUUCUUGAAGUGUGACACAUUCUACGAUCAACGAUUUGGCCCUGCGAUAGCCCUAUGACGCCAAAAUGAAAAGUCUACCCUGUAUGAUUUUGUUUUGGUUAUCUUCUGUGUAGCGUGACAUAUCAAUGACAACAUCAGAAUCAGAAUCAUCUUAAUUUUGCCAAGUAUGUCCAAAAAACACACAAAGAAUUUGUCUCCGGUAGUUGGAGCCGCUCUAGUACGACAACAGACAGUCAAUUGACAGAGAACACUUUUGAGAUAAAGACAUUGAGAAAACAGUCACUGAGCAAUAAAGGGUUACUAGUUAUCUGGUAAUGCCGGUACAGUUUUUAUUUUAUUUAUUUAUUUACUUUGCUGCAUAGUUUCUCUUUGCAAUGUUAAUUUCUUUAGUCAGCUGGUUUCUUUAGUCAGCUGGUUUCUAGUGCGAUUAUACAGGGCCCUGUCCCCGCUUUGAUAUGCGUCCUCCUUAGCUUGGCGAAGUUGCUUAAGUUUGGCAGUGAACCACGACUUGUUGUUAUUGAAUGUGCGAAAUAAACUUUGUUGGUACACACGCAUCUCACAGAAACUAAUAUACGAUGUGACAGUGUCUGUAUAUUCAUCCAGGCUGCCAGCGGAAUUUUCAAAGACACUCCAGUCAGUGCAGUCUAAACAGCUUUGAAGUCCUAUCUUUGCUCAUUGGUCCACCUUUUCACUGUUUUCACUGUAGGCACCGCGCAUUUGAGUUCUUGCCUGUAUGUUGGUAUUAAGUGAAUUAAGCACUGAUCAGACGAGCCCAGGGCUGCACGGGGUAUGGCACGGUAGGUUUUUGUGAUUAUUUUGUAUUUAGCGUCUUUAUACUUUAUUAUUUAAGCCCCUUUAAAACACAUUCGCUGCCAUUGACGGCUUUAGAAGUCAAAUAUCCAUGUUAACUGGGAAGGCUGGCAUUUAUGACGAUUACUGUACUAACCUCACUAAAUUUGCAAUUUGCAUUGCAAUUGCACAAAUUAGUCAUAAUGCUUAAAAGAAUAAAUCAAUUACAAAAUUAUUAAAAUAUUUACUUAGCACUGACAUUCCAACAAUGCCUCAUCUUGUGUCUUGAUUUUGUGUACACCGUGUACAGAACCUUUCCAAUAAAUUAGAAUAUCAUCGAAAAGUUCAUUUACAUAAUUCCAUUCAAAAAGUUAGACUUUCAUAGAUUAUAGAUUCAGGGCCUACAAUUUAAACAAUUUCAAAUAUUUAUUUGUUUAUUUUUACAUAAUUUGGGCUUCCAGCUCAUAAAACCCACGAAAUCAGGAAUUCCAAAAAUUAGAAUACUGUGAAGAAAUCAUCAUUUACUUCUCAGUUUUUGUAGAAAAAAAGAAAGAAAUUAGGGUCACAUUAAAUCAAUCAAAAUAUGGUACUUUCAAAACGAUAUGUUAAUCUUCAGUACUUGGUUGAGAAUCCCUUUGCUUUAAUCACUGCCUCAAUGUGCCAUGAGGCAAUUAGCCUGUAGCAUUGCAUGGGAGUUAUCGAAGCCCAGAUUUCCUUGAUUCUUGGUGUCAGUUCUUUGUUUUUGGGUCUGGUGCUCCUCAUUUGUCUCUUGAUAAUACCCCAUAGAUUCUCAAUGGGGUUUAGAUCCGGCAAGUUGGCUGGCCAGUAAAGCACUGUGAUGGCCAUGGGCAUCAAACCAGGUUUUGGUGCUUCUGGUGGUAUGGGCAGGGGCCAGGUCCUGCUGGAAGAUGAAAUCUGCGUCUCCAUACAGAUCCACAGCAGAAGGAAUCAUGAAGUCCUCUAAAACAUUCUAGUAGACUGUUGCGAUGACCUUGAAUUUAAGAAAGCAGAGGUUACCAAGACCUGCACUGGACAUUGCACCCCGAAUCAUGACUGACUGUGGAUAUUUCACACUGGACCUCAAGCAGAUUGGGUUCUGUUCUUCACCCGUCUUCCUCCAAACCCUUGUACCUUGAUUCCUGAAUGGAAGGCACAUUUUACUUUCAUCAGAAAAGAUGACCUUAGACCACUGGCCAAAAGUCCAGUCCUUCUUCUCCUUGGCCCAGUUGAGAUGCUUCCUAGGUUGGCUCAGGCUCAGAAGUGGCUUGACCUGAGGAACUCGACAGUUGUAGCCCAAUUCCCGGAUGCGCCUGAAUGUGGUGUUUUUUGAAGCUGUGACUCCCGCCUCAUUCCACUCUUUCUCUGAAUCUCUGCUAGAUUCUUAAAUCUUCUUUGUUAGAUAAUCCGCUGAAGCCCACGGCUUUUGCUGAUCCAUCUUCUCCUGACACCUUUUGUCCUUCCACUAGACUUUCCAUUGAUAUGGUUGGACACAGCACUCUGUGAACAGCCAGCUUCCUUAGCUCUGAACUUUCGUGGCUUACCCAUCAUAUGGAGGAUAUCAAUGACGGUCUUCUGGCCAGUUGUCAAGCCUGCAGUCUUCCCCAUAUUGAACCCAACUGAGACAAUUGUACCAAACUGAAACAAUUGAAUGACACCUGGGGAAACCUGUGGAGGUGCUUCGAGUUUAGGAGAUGAUUAGUGUGUGACACUCUUGAUCACGGUUUCUCGUUGCAUCAUCACAACAUCCUGUCUGUGAUGGGAUGUUUCGGUGAUAAAAGAAUUUCAGAGCGACACUGAAAAUGCAGUUUUGGGACAUUUUCGGCAGGCGAAAAUGUUCAAUUGCUUCGAAAUUUGUACUGGUCUGAGCGGGCCAGUGUGUAUAAGUAGGUGGUGGCCCGACAUGGUGGUGUUGAUGUCGGACCCUGGGUUAUCUGAUCCCGUCCUAAUUUGAAAAGAUAACGCACACUGAUCGUAAUAGACGGGAUAUGCUGGUAUCGUAAUAAAUGCGUCGUAUUACCAGUGGCUGACAGAGAUACGGCAAGAUUUUAAGACAGUAGUCUGACAUAGUACCAUCAUAAAAGACCAAAUUUGUCUUAUUAUCUGAUGCAGGCACAACAAGAACAACAACAUGUUAAGCAGUCCAUCAUAUAUUUUUCCUCAAGCUUGUUACUUUUGAUCGUCACCACCAUGGUCAAUAUUUUGGGACAGUGGCUCUUCACCAAGGGCGUAGGAGGUGAAGAAAAUUAUCACGUUAUGGUUUGUCCCUUGAGACCUGCAGUCAUCUACAGAACCAUAAGUUUCCCUUGGUUCUUUUCGAGAGCACCGUCUGUCCCAAUAUCUACCUGCAUUUUCCGUGGCAUCACCUGUCAUGGCAUCACAUGUUGCCCAUAUCAUUAUGCCAUAUACUGUGUCGCUUGGCAUAUAUUGCUUGAAAGGGCAACAUCCCCUAAAAGUGACAUGACACUCAUCUUGUGAUGUUUUUGACUAGGUUUUAGAGAUGUGUGGCAGACGCUCCACCCACUUGUCACAAACGUCUCUCUGCCAGUUUGUCUUAUUUACGAAGGUCUGGUCUUGUAUCCAAGUUCAAUCACCCUUGACAACAUGAUUUUUUUGCAGAGACAUGGUGACCUGAAAAAAGUUGACCGACCAGACAUCCCAUAAACUGCUUGUAGAUUUGUUUUUGAAUGUACCUGCCAAGACCCAUGUAUGUGCUGACCCCUGUCUGGGUAAGCAACUUCCCCCUCUUGUCCCCUCUAAAUUGGUCAUAUUUACCACAGUGGUUAGAAUGUAGUCAAUCAGGAACAGUUCAAAGCAGGAUUUGGUGCCAUCAGUCCAUGAUACGGCAUAUUUUGUAGGUCCGGGGGUCAUCCUGAUGACAUUUUCAGUCGGGAGAUGACCAGGAUAAGUGACAGCAAACUCAGCAUGGCCGUCUUCUUCAUCUCUGGAUUCCUCCUCAUCAGUUAUUUCUUGGUCUUGAUUAUAUUCCAUGUAAUCUUCAGUUUCUGACACCUCAAAUCCAUCCUCACUGUCAUUUUCUUGGCCUCUCCCCUCCUCAUUAAUGUGGUGACCAUCAAAUAUUUAAUCAAGAACUUCACUUAAGGUAUAUCAAUCUGCCAUGGUGCUGCCACACAAUGGACUGUGAGCAAAGCCUCAAAAAGUGUUAUAUACCUAACUGUCAUCACAGAUGUUGUUCCCACAACAUCAGAGCUACUGGGCAAAGGUUCUGGAAGUGGCUGCUGGGGGACCAAGGGUGUGAGCAUGCGUGCGUGUGUGUGUGUGUGCACGCGCGCGUGUAUGUGUGUGUGGAGGAGGGAAAAUUUGUGGUGGGGUGGGGGGUUUGUUGGGGGGUCAAGUCUGUGGGAAAUGUCCUCCAUGUGACAUAUAAGCAUUUUCCUGAGCUCCGCUUUUAGUCAUUGUUGACUCACCCAUUCAUUUCUAAUGACCAGUCAUUUUUCACCGUGAACAUGAAGUGUAUAAAAGUUGAAUAAAACGCACAAAAUUAAAUGCAUAUCAAUACAUUUGAAAUCCUCUUUGUAGACAAAGUCAUGAAAUCUUAUGUUAAUCUGAACAAGUUAAAUACAAUUUUCAGAGCGAAAUCUUCAAUCGUUCAAAUUUGACCGGAACACAACAAGUGUUAAAGCAUUUUCCAUUUAUAAGCAUUUAUAUAUACUGUAUAUAGGCCUAUAUCAGCAACCUCCGGGUUGUGACAUUAUCUGGAGACAUCUCGUAGACAUCUUCCUGGUGAGAGCGCAAGCAAUAUUUUGGUCUCCUGGGUCGCCGCGACUGAUCAACCUUAGCAGCAUCAACAACGUCUCCACCAGUGAGAUAGGCCCCUAACUCAGCAUCCGAUUUGCCCCCCCACAAAAAAAAAGACACAAAACCAACCCGUGUACAUAUUGUGCGUACACUGUAUGAUACGAGUAAAAAAGGAAAAAAAAAAGCUUGUGCUGUACAUAACAUUACUGCUAACUUCAUUAGCUCCAGACAAGGCAGGUAGAGAAUUCCGAAUUUCAGAAGCAUAAUAAGAAAGUAGACUUAAUGGUAACUACCGAUGAGCGUGUUCUACCUUCCGCUCACCUUUUCUACCAUGCUUUCAGUGCUUAUCAGUGUGUAUGUUCAAUUAUUUACUCCCCUGUACUGUAAUCUCUCAAGAUUACCCUGUAUUGUUUCCUACUUUGUCAAAUAUAUUUUUAUAAAUAAUG